AUGAUUUCAAUUUUCCUUCACUUUCUCAGUAUUUCAUUCUCGUCUUCAUUUUCCUUCACUUCAUCAGUAUUUCUUUCUAGGUAUUUCUUUACAUUAGCAUUUUUCUUCUCUUUGUCAGUAUUGCGUUCUCAAUAUUUUUUUCACAUUUUCUUAUUGUUCUCUGUUCCUUCUCACCAUUCAUUAUUUUUUCCUCUCUGUUCAUUUCUUCUUAAUCUCUUUCCCGACCUCAAUUGUUUUCUAUUCAUUCUUCACCCCACCACCCACUUUCUUCUUUUUUGUCCUUUUUUAUUUAACCCAUUUUUAAAAAUUUAUUCGUUACUCUGUAACCUCUCUUUUACCUAUCCUCUAUUUUCUGCCUUCCUUACACUUCUCUCCUAUCUUGUCAUAUUCAAACCGCUUUCAAUCUCCCCCUCCUUCCAAAAUUACCUCCUCAGUCCAAUCUUAUCAUUUCCUUUUAAGGCCUCUUCUGUCCAUCGCUUACCUCUUUUAACCAAAUCGCUUUCAUUCUCCAGUUCUUUCUUCUUCUUUUUUUUUUUUGUCGUCUAUUUUCCUGGGGUGCUGUUUUUCUCUUUCAAGGUCUUCCUCAUUGUACAAUAUUGCUUCCUAAAGAAGUCACAAAGAAAAGGUUAA